AAAUGGCAUAUCACAAGAAAUCUUUUACUUGGUCUCCAACAGUUUUCCAAGUGUUAACUAAGACUUGUCUCAUCAAUCUUAAACCUACUGUCACAGCCAAAUAAGGUCCUGUGCAUUUGAAAAUUGAUACUGAAAGAGAAUUAUAAUUCUCAAAUGAUUUAAGUUGGAAUUGGCAUAAAAGUUGGAAUAUACCAAAUUUAUCAAUUAAAUUACAACUUGAAGACGAAGAUACACCAUAAUGGAUGGAUUGUUAAGUAGUUAUCAAUUUUUAAAUUAGGCUUAAUUGAUGGCUGUAAAACUAAAUCAAGAUGGAGUCUAUGAGGAAGUAGGUUUGGAAGGAGUAACAACUCAAGAGCUAGUUGAUGGCAAAGCAUUUUUUUCUGUAUUUUCAUUAAUCGAUUUUUAUUUAGGGUGUUAAAUUUAACAGUACUACUUACAAUCAUUAAGGACAUAAGUUUCACUUGAUCCUUUUGUUGAAAAGUGCGAAUAACAUUAUCACUGCACUUGAGUCUCCGCCAAUUUUCGUGGAUAGCAGGAAAAGUGCAAGGGAUGAGCACAGACAAACCCAGUUUAUUCAACCAUUCGAACCAAAAUAUUUGGAAAGAAAUUUUUGUAAGAAAGAGAAGCACUUCAACGAUGUGAUUUAAGCUCCUAUUGAGAAUAAUGAGAAUGGACUACAUAACUAUCUAACUGCUCCCAACAUACGCAAUAAGGUACAAGAUCUAAUGCUAUCAUAUAUAGAUUAAACAUCCAUUAUUUUUGGCCUUGAAAUUCUCAAAAUGUAUGACCAUCUAUCAUAUGAGAACUAUGAUAACAGACAAUCAUUUGAUUGAAUUUCAAAGGCAAUUAAAAUAAAAAUAGGAGUAAUCCGAAUACAUCAUUGCUUUUUAAUCAAAUAACAAUAGAAUUCGCAAAAAAGUAUUAUUAUAUAUUAUAUAAUAGAUUGAAGAAUCUUUAACCUAGUUGUUCAUACAAAGUAGUGUUAAGGUUAUGGAGAGGAAAUAGGUUGAUGAGACGCUCUAUUAAAAAUUAGACUAUGAUAUCAAAUCAUAUUACGCAGCAUACAACAAAUUGGUAGAAAUGAUGAACUCAACAAAUUCUGAAAGCACAAUGGAAAUUCAAAUAGAAGAAUAGAACCAAUAGUAUUUCAAUUCAUAGUAGAGUUAAUUCAAACGAUAGCAAUCAAAUGGAGAGAAGAAGUCAGCCUUCAGAAAAUUCAACAAAGACUUUGAUAAAUUGCCCACAAAAAACUUUUGUGAAAUCCAGAAUGAAGAUAGUAUUUAGAAGAAGGUGAAAGAGGAGGAGGAGGAGAUUGACUACGGGAACAAAAUGUUACCUGUUAAUGUAUGUAUUUAGAUUAACUCAAUAGAUUUAAAAUUUGUUAUUGCAAGAAUAAUUAAUAAAGUAUUACUUAUUCUAAUAGCAAUAUAUGAUUAAUUUGUUAUCUUAAUAGAUCUGA